UAUAUGCUCCUUCACAAGGGUCUGGUAUGCAGUGUAAACGCAUCAGAAGGAACCUGGAUACUAGUGAGAAUACAAAGAUGAGUGACUAAAUCAGGUUCACAAAAGAUUAUUAAUUUUUCAAGCAGUUAUCCCAUGGUUGAUUAUUUGUUAACCAGGGCACCUGAUGGGUCCUCAUCACAAUCUAAACGUUCACAUCCUUGUGAUGGAACUGCCCAGUGCAUUGCAAGGUUUGUAGUUAUUUGAUGUAGGAGCAGUGGCAUUCGGAAAAACAGCAGUUUUGAGCAGUGCAUGCCUCGUUUGGGUUCGUUGAAGAGGUAGUGAAGAUUGCUGCUUUGUUUUUGAUGGUGUGAAGAAUGGCACCCAAGAAGCCCAAAUUGUCGCCGAGGAAGUUGUCGGUGACGUCGCAGAAGUCGAAGCUGACACAAAAACCAGAUGGAGCGUCAGUCGGUAUCUCCCACAGCCCUAUUGUGGAACCUCCCCUUGAGAAACCGAACCCUAUCGUGUUCAUUGACGUUAAGAUUGGUGGACAGGAAGUGGGUAGAUUGUUCGUGGAGCUUUAUGAGCACAUUGUGCCGAAGACAGCAGAUAACUUCCUGAAGUUGUGUACGGGAGUGAAAGGUUUGGGGAAGCAGGGGAUAAAACUGACAUACAGGAGGACAGUGUUCUUCCGGAUAAUUCCCGGGGUGUAUGCUCAAGGGGGUGAUAUAAUAAAAAACGAUGGAACAGGAGGGGAGUCUACUUUCGAUGGAAUUCCGUUUGAAGACGAGAAUUUCAGGGUAAGCAAUGCGAGGAUUGGAUCCCUGGCGAUGUGUAACACGGGGCCAAAUACGAACGAGAGUCAAUUUUUUAUCAAUCUUGCUCCGAAUCCAGACCUCGAUGGUAGCCACGUCGUGUUUGGCCAAGUGAAGGAGGAGUGCAGGCCUGUCUUGAAGGCCAUGGAAGCAGCAGGCUCAUGGACUGGAAGGACACACCAGAAGGUGUCGGUUAAGAGCUGCGGCUGGGUAAAUAAGCCAUCCAAGGAGCUCUCAGGGAUGUCUGAGGAAACAGCAGAAGCAGUAAGACUGAAGACAGAGGUGGCAGCAGUCGGUACAGCGGACGAGCACUAGAAGGUUGAGAUGUCGGGCAGGGAACGAACAGCGUUGAAAUCUGACGCGUGACUGUCACUUCAAUUCGCCAGACCGAAAAAUUGAGCAACAUGUUCCUCUCAAAUGUUAGUGCUGCAUGGCCUGGUUAAGUCAAGAUAAUUACAGGAUGACAGAAGUCUUGAUAUGCCUGUCAUGGCCAAGCAGGAAAGCAGCCCUAACUACAGGUGGGAGAAUAGGUCUCCUUUUUCUGCCUUAAGCAAGAAUUUCUUCACAUCAUUCUCACAAGUAUUCCAAAUAGUGAAGGGGCGUCGUGCCCUCUUCACGCAGUCACUGCUUUGACGCGGAAGGGAAGGAUUCUUCUCGCAUCUAUAGAUACCCUCUAGAGAAGAGUGUGAGGGCGAUCAGGCUCACUUAUCUGUAUGUGAUAUUUAAUAUUAAACAAUUGCAAUAGUUUUUAAGUUUCAGAAAGCAA